AUGGCUUCUCAAGUCUUUCCUCGAGCAGAAUCACCACACCUCGACUUUCCAGAUGACGAAGAAAGCCAGCCUCUCACCGGAAAGUUCGCCAAAGACGCUCUAAACGAGUCUCCGAUCGAACAAGCUAGAGAUCAAACAGAAGCUUUGACCCUGUCCCGCGCAUAUAUUGCCGCCUUGCACCUGGCCGUCGUCUGCUUGGCCUUUCUCUCCAUUCGUGGUCCGAUCUCCACCUCCAUAGCGGUUGGAGAACCUGUCGAUGGAAGAUCAUGGUCUGUGGCCUUCAAUGCUACCUUGGACGAACUACGCAUGGCAAAUGAGUCUAUCGAUGGAGAUCUUGUAGAACUUGACGGUGGUGGAUAUCUAGCAUCUCUUGGUGCUUACCAUGAGCUUCACUGCUUGCGGAGACUGCGCCAUUAUCUUUAUCGAGAGUAUUACUUCCGCAAUUUAACGCAGAUGGAAGCUGAUAAUGUGCAUGCUCAUCUUGACCAUUGCAUUGAGGCACUUCGAGUUACUAUCAUGUGCCAUGGGAAUACAGAGGUCUACUCCUUCGAAUGGGACGACCCAAAGAGCUAUAAGCCAGCAGCGAAAAGCAACGGCAGGUCUGUGUGUGCCAGAUGGAGCUCCGUUGAAGAUUGGGCCUACUCCAGGAUGACGACCUAUGACGAUAUUGUCCAUCCUCCGUCCGUGGCCUGA